AUGUCUCCGACUUGGACUUCCGUGUCUGUGACCUGCAACCUCAAGUCAGCUAUGCGCAUGGAUGUCCACAACCUCGCCUCCUCCGACAACUACACCUGCACCUACGGACCUUUCCAGAACGGCAACUUGUGGUUGGAGCUGCGGGAAGGAGAUCAAGACCCUGGACUGCCUUUAGUUUGGAAGGCAAAGCCAAAUGGAGCUCCUGCUCCAGGUGUUAGUGUGAGUACUCGACAUUCUCCUCUUCAGCUGUCACCAAAACGUUACCAUUGUUCGAUGCCUUGGACGGGAGAUCGCUAUGUGGUGACUGCCUUUACUCCACGGUGCGGCAGUUCCAUUCCAAAGGAGGAGAUCAGUGUUCUACGCCGUCACGGUUUUGGCCUUCCUCACCAGAGUCCCAUGGCCGGAACAGUUGAGGACAUUGAUGAGGCUCUGGAAGAGGACAAGAAUACCCAGACCGAGAAUGCGCUGUCUGUGGAAGACUGUGAGAAUAUCCUCCAUCCCUUGAAGGAGGCUGUGAAUGCCUUGGAGGAGAUCCAGACUGAGUACCCGCCUGUGGCCAAGCUGGACCUCGUGAUGCUGUGUGAUCCUUGGAUUUCCGGUGGGUCCUACGAGGUCGAUCUGGAGCAAGGCGGCGUGUCCUGGGCUGUGUUGGGCUUCAAGAACAAGUGUGACUACGCCACCCACCGAGGUUACCGAGCCGCUCAAGAGCAGCUAGACCAACUUCGCCCUCGAUGGGUUGUUUGUAAUGUUCCUCGAGGUCCAGAAUGUGUCAAAGUGUCUGUGGACAUGGACGAAAAGGAGGGCUCCAAGAUCAAGAAGUACUUGAGAGUGGUUCGUCGUCUGUUGCUUCUGUCUCGCCAGGCGCUGGAAAAGGAGCAGCAGGUGGUGUGGCUGACCCAUCCUGCUUCGAAGGUAUGGAAGCUUCCGGAGGUCUUUGCAUUCUGGAAGAAAAAUGCCCAUGGCCCUCUGCUGAUGGGAAAUGAGACGGUGAAGGUGACAAGUACCCGUGCAGCCAUUCAGAACACCUUCUCUACUACAACGGUCGGGGCCUUUUCUCAUAGUUUAGAGACUAUGGACGAGCACCAUGCAGCCAGUCAGAACACCUUCUCUACUACCACAAAGGGCCCUUCAGAUAGUCUGUGGACAUGGCUGUCUCGUGCCAUGACCCGAGGGCAUGGUGACUUGAUGUGGAGUGAUGAAGGUGAGCUUUUCCCCAUUGACACGACCAUUCUCGAGGCACUGGAGCCUCCCAAACUUCAGAAGCUGAUUGAGGAUGUUCGGAAGUUACAUCGCCGAUUUGGACAUCCUUCCAACCGACUGCUGGUAAAGAACUUGCAGACACGCAAUGCUGAUCCCUUGGUGAUCGCUGCAGCCUCUCAGCUGGAGUGUGAUGAAUGCCUGGAAGGUCGAAUCAAGAUGCCUAGCCCUGCUGUCAACUUAGAAAGGACAGACCGCCUUUGGUCGUGCUUGCAGGUGGAUGGAUGGGACAUGAAGUACAAUGGUCGGCUCCACCACUUCGUCCUUAUGGUUGACGAGGCAAGCGGCUAUGCAGUUGUGAGAGAGGUGUUCCGGGUGCCUGAAGAUCAGAGCCGGAACGCCACUGGACAGGAGAUCCUCGACAUCCUGCAGAAGGCGUGGAUUCAGUACUUUGGCUAUCCCGAGACCAUAAAAAUGGACUUCGAGGGAGCCCAUCGGUCCAAGAAGCUUCGCGAGUACUUUCAGGAGCAUGGGAUCGACUUCGUGCCGGCGCCAGCUGAGCAUCACGAAUCCAUUGGGCAAGCCGAGAGGUCGAUAGGUGUUCUGCGGCACAAAACGGAGACUUUUUUGAGAGGAUCCCCAACGGACCCAAAACAGGCUGCCAUCGCAAUGAUCGCGGCCCAUAACUCUUUGGCAAGAGUGCACGGAUUUUCUCCAGUACAGUGGGCGUUGGGAAGGGAUUGGUCUCCAGGUGGCCGACUGGUCGACUCUGCCCAGGAUGAGAUCACGCUUGAGAAUCCUUCCUCCUCAUGGCAGCUGCGGAAAGACGCGGAGAAGGCCUUCUUGGAGCACCGAGCGCGGGAGCAAGCAACUCGGGCAAGCAACUCCAGAACCCGGGAGUACGUGAAGUACUUGCCCGAAGACCUCAUCUUCUACAAGCGCUUCCAGCAUCCUGCAGACUUACCUUCAAAUAGCAUGCUGGAUUACUCCAGACUGCGAACCGCAAGGUGGUAUGGCCCUGCCAGAGUUCUGGCUUGCGAAACCAAAGUGGAUGGUACUUCGAGACGACCCUCCUCCAUGUUGUGGGCCAUUGCAGCUGGAAGGUUGAAGAAAUUUCAUGCCAGCCAGGUUCGCCACGCGUCAGAGUCUGAGAAGCUGGUGAGCCAGGCUACCUCAGCUCCGACUUUUCCCUGGACCUUCACUUCGCUGACCUCCUUGCUUCAAAAGGGCAGCUACGACGACGAGACUAAGCCAAAACGUCGCACUUGGGGAAGAUCUUCUCGGAUCAAGGCCAAAGCCCGGGAGACCAAGGAGGACACCGGAGCGGCACGGAGGCGGACCAUGGGAUCCAACGUGCCCCAGCAUGUGCGUGAUGCCCCUUCUGAUGAGGAGAUGGUCCCUGAUCGAGAGGAAAGUGGAAAGCGACCUGAUGAGCUUGACGUUGACCGCUUGCUGGAGGAUGAGGACUUCUCCAGUACCUUGUUCUCGGUGACCUUGGAGAUUCCUGAAGACGCCAAGGCAUGGAAGAAGAUCCUCAAGGACCCAACCAAGUUCAUGGUCAAGAAUGUGCAGAAAGGUGUUGAAGUCUCUUAUCACAAGCUGAACGAGAGACAAAAGCUGGCCAUGAAUGCUGCAAAGGCUGCUGAGCUGGAAUCUUGGCUGGGUGACGAGCCAUCUGCAAAAGGGCAGGUGAAAGCCAAAGCCCGCAUUGUGGUGUUGGGGUUCUCAGACCCCUCGCUGUUGGAGAGGACCACAGCAAGCCCAGCGAUGUCCAGGCUGAGUAAGAUGCUCUUGCUAAACAUGGCUAGUGCCCGAAGAUGGAAGAUCCUUACUGGCGACGUCAAGACAGCCUUCUUACAGGCAAAACCUCCUGAACGUCUCCAUCCGCUGUACGCCAAGCCGUUGCCUGAGCUUGCGGAGGCAAUGAAGCUCAGCGAGGGCCAGAUGAUUGAGUUGCUGGGUUCUACCUACGGCUUGACAUCAGCGCCCAGGGAAUGGUUUGACGACUUUGCCUCUACGCUUCGGAAGUUUGGAGCUCGGCAGAGUCAAUGUGACCCCUGCUUGUGGACCAUCGUCGACAGCGAGGGCGUUGUCAGAGGCCUAUUAGGGGUACAUGUUGAUGACGUUUUGUUCUCAGGGGAUGAGGGAUCGCCAGUUUGGACCACUUUUCUUCAUGAGCUGCGCUCUUCCUACAAGUGGGCAUUGUGGGAGGCUGAGAAUUUCCUCCACUGCGGACUCAGGCUCCAACAGUUUGCUGAUGAUUCGGUCAUGUUGGACCACUCUGAGUUCUGUUCGAACUUGAGCCAGAUGCCUACUCGCGCCAAGGGAGACGAGUCUCUUCUGUCGGAGAAGGAGUUGAGCCAGGCAAGGGCGAUACUUGGAUCUGCCCAGUGGCGAGUUACUCAAUCGGGUCCUCAUCAUGCUGCUAAGCUGAGCUACCUACGAAUCCUACGAAGCUUCUUGGCUACUCGGCAUUUCUCUGCCAUCGACCAAGUGAACAAGCUUGUGCGGGAGAUCUAUGCAUCGCGGCAUGUGAGUGUCCGAGUUCAACAGCUCCACUGCGACCAUGCUGAGAGGCUCAUGAUCGUGGGCUACAGCGAUGCUUCCUUGGCCAACCGUCCUGAUGGAACCUCAACUGGAGGUCACAUCUUCGGCUUCAUGCAUCCUGAGGACUUCUCAAAGGGGCAUGGGAAGCUUAAUCCCAUUGGGUGGAAAUCGGCUAAGCUAAGCCGUGUGGCCAGGUCAAGCCUCUCUGCUGAGGUGCAGAGUCUUGCCGACCUGGAGCAGGAGAUGAUGCUAGCUCGCCUUACGUGGUGUGAGGUCCUGGGCAAGGAGGUGAACCUUUCGAACCCUGCGGCAUCAGUGCGGCAGGUCCCGGCGGCUAUGAUCAUUGAUGCUAAGGCGGUCUAUGACGUCCUCGACAGGGACUCCGUGCUGUCGGCGUCCGUGGGGAUCAAGGACAAGUAUUCGGCGCUGGAGCUGGCGGCGCUGCAGCAGCACAUCGCAGAGCAGGGCACUUUGAUCCUGUGGUGCGAUUCGGAUCGACAGCUUGCUGAUGGGCUGACGAAGAGUGCGAAGCAGGAAGUAAUCAAGGCCUUCCUCAUCACCGGCACUUGGAAGCUGAGAAUGGAUGGUGCUUUCAUCUCAGCUAAGAAGAGGAGAUCCAUGGAGAAGGUCGAUCAAGACCACGGUCCCUUUUGA